GUUGUGACUUCUUAGGAUGGAUGAGUUUAAGCUGGAGUUUUGAAAGUGAAUUCUAAAGUUGGAGGUUCAAUGUGCGAGGAGAAACACGCGGUUCUGCUCAGCCCCGUGGGAAAGAUCGAGAUCUCUGGGUGUGAAACGGGUUUACAUGAAAUAAAACUUCCCAAAACGAGCAUGCUGCCAAGUGGGGCAGAGGCCUCGGCUGCCUGUGAAGUGUGUGAGGGAGCGGAGGAGAUGCCGGAGCCACUGGAACAGUGCACAGCCUGGCUGAGAGCUUAUUUCUGUGAGCCAGCCACCCUGGCAAACCUUCCCGUGCCAGCUUUCCACCACCCACUGCUCCAGCAAGAUUCCUUCACCAGACAAGUGCUGUGGACCCUGUUGAAUGAUGUGAAGUUUGGAGAGGCUGUUUCCUACAAAGAGUUGGCAGAUCUGGCCGGGAACAGCCGAGCAGCCAGAGCGGUGGGGGCAGCCAUGAGGAGGAACCCGAUUGCCCUCAUAAUCCCGUGCCACAGGGUGAUCCGCAGCGGCGGGAAGAUCGGCAACUACGGAGGGGGACGCCUCAUGAAGGAGUGGCUUUUGUCACACGAGAAGCUCCAGAAGGAGAAGUUGGCAUAUUGAUGCGGCUCCAGCUGCUAACCAGCCAAGACACACAACCACGGAUCCUUGGCUUAUAACAAGCUCUCAGAGCACCCAGCAGAAUUCAGAAAAAUGGUAAAUAUUUGAGUGACAUAUAAAUAUAAUGCAACAUCCAAAGUGAAAUGUGUGGUGGCACCACUAUAUUAAAAAAGCGGGCUGCGUCCUGGGGGAGGCAGCUCGGCUGCCCUUUCUUGUUUUUACAUUUUACAGCAGAAUGACUACAGCGAUCCAGGCCUGUUGUGCACGGAUUUUGUUCCCAUCUCCAGUCCUGUUUUGUUCUAUUUUUAAUGUCCAUUAAAGCAGGGAUAAGGGAGUGGGAGGGACGUGGCAAAUGUGAGGUUCAGGCUUCCCCCUAAGGAAGCGUCUGCCUUGUGGAGGGCCCUGCCAACUCCUGCCCAGCUCCCCCUCCCCACUUUGGGGCAUAAAAUGGUGUUUUACCUAAACAGGAGUUAACAGAGCACAGUGAGGUCUAUUCAAAAGCAGGCAGCUAUUGAAUUCCUUGUUCCUGGCUUUUCUUUUCAAACUGGGAGAUGGGAAUAAUUUUUAUUUUUUUUUGCAUAAAGCAGCAGAAGAGAUGCUACUGAAAAAUCGUAUAUUUUGGAUAAGCAGCUCGAUUAGUCCAAUAAGGCAAAAUAUUAAAAAGCUCAUCAUAGUUGCACCAUUAGCAGCAGCAAAUUCCUUUAGAGUUUGAUGUUUUCCCUUCCAUAUUUCUCUGUUAUCCGAAGCUUUAUUUCCUACCUCUCCAUAGGAAGGAUUCAAGAGACAUUAAAGCUAAAUUUUGAGGUGGUUUUAGCAGGGUUCUCUGUGAGUAGAAGCCACCAGAAGCUGAAAUUUCCAGUAUGGGAGUCGUAAAUUGUAACAUGGAAAUACUGAUUUUUUUAUGUGUUUUAUCAUAUUUUCAUGGAUGUCUCUUUAGAAAGGCCAUUGCUACCCCCAAAAAAUUAUUGUGUCGUGAUGUGUUAGUUAAUCCAGCAUUAUUGAUACCUUGGAAUUACUUCAAUAAAAAAACUGCUUUGCAUGUGCAA